AUGUCUAAGUCAGAGUCUCCCAAAGAGUCCCAACAGUUGUGGAAGCUCUUCAUCAGAGAUUUGAGCUUUGGAACAACCAAUGAGAGUCUGAGGAGCCAUUUUGAGCAAAGGGGAAUGCUCAUAGACUGUGUGGUAAUGAGGGAUCCAAACACCAAGCGCUCCAGAGGCUUUGGGUUUGUCACAUAUGCCAUUGUGAAGGAGGUAGACGCAGCCAUGAAUGCAAGGCCACACAAGAUGGAUGGAAGAGUUGUGGAACCAAAGAGGGCCGUCUCAAGAGAAGACUCUCAAAGAUCUGGUGCACACUUAACAGUGAAAAAGAUUUUUGCUUGUGGCAUUAAAGAAGACACUGAAGAACAUCACCUAAGAGGUUAUUUUGAACAUUUGGGAAAAUUUGAAAUGACUGAAAUCAUGACAGACCAAGGCAGUGGCAAAAAGAGAGGCUUUGCUUUCGUAACUUUUGAUGACCAUGACUCUAUAGACAAGAUUGUUAUUCAGAAAUACCACACAGUGAAUGGCCAUGACUGUGAAGUAAGGAAAGCCCUUUCAAAGCUAGAGAUGGCUAGUGCUUCAUCCAGCCAAAGAGGUCAAAGUGGUUCUGGAAAAUUUGGUGGCAGAAGCUACAAUGAUUUUGGCAAUUACAACAAUCAAUCUUCAAAUUUUGGACGCAUGAAAGGAAGAAACUUUGGAGGCAGAGGUUCUGGCCCCUAUGGUGGUGGAGGCCAAUACUUUGCCAAACCACAAAACCAAGGUGGCUAUUGCAGUUCCAGCAGCAGCAGCAGCUAUGGGAGUGGCAGAUGGUUUUAA